AUGGAAAGAGAGGAGGCGCUUAGAACUGCGAUGGAGAAUGCUAAUAUCAACGACCCAAAUCGACCUGGCACCCCCCCUUCACAACACGGCCCCUCAAAUCCUGGCAGUCCCACCUCCCCUCAACCUGCCGGCUCCGGAGGACUUGCUCU